UAUUUGUAUUGAUUUAAACUAUCCGUCAAGCCGUUAAUAGGUUAUAUGUUCUUUUGUUUGGGGGUAAUUCGAGAAGCUUAAAACGUUUUUCUAUUUGCGUGCUUUUUGAUAACAAUGACCGCGCGCAACGACGAUGAAAGCGACCAAAAAACUGGUCCUGUGGAAAACGCGUGGUCAAUGAAAAUACCCGAAUUUAAGCCUUCAGACAAUCCACAUGGAUUACUGGAAGAGAGUUCUUUCGCUACAUUAUUUCCCCGAUACAGAGAGCAGUACUUGCGUCAAAUUUGGCCUCUGGUGCAAAAGACGUUAAAGGACCACUUUGUUAAAGCAGAACUAGAUGUCAUCGAAGGUAGUAUGACUGUUAAAACCACAAAAAAAACAUGGGAUCCAUACAUUAUCCUAAAAGCUCGGGAUAUGAUUCGGUUAAUGUCAAGAAGCGUGCCUUAUGAACAAGCUAAGCGGGUUUUGGAAGACAAUGUGGGUUGUGAUAUUAUUAAAAUAGGAAAAAUUACUAGAAAUAAGGAAAAGUUUGUUAAAAGGCGUCAAAGAAUAAUUGGACCUAAUGGAUGCACACUUAAGGCACUGGAAUUGCUUACCGAGUGUUACAUCUUGGUCCAAGGUCAAACAGUAUCUGCUUUAGGACCUUACAAAGGCUUGCAGCAAGUGAGAAAGGUUGUGGAGGAUACAAUGAAGAAUGUGCAUCCUGUAUAUAACAUAAAAGCUUUAAUGAUUAAGAAGGAGCUUGCGAAAGAUCCAAAAUUAAAAAAUGAAAAUUGGGAAAGGUUUUUGCCAAAGUUUGUGAAUAAAUCAUCAAGCAAACGGAAGCAGUCCAAGAAAAAGGAAAAGAAACCGUACACACCAUUUCCUCCACCUCAGACUGAGAGCAAGAUUGAUAAACAAUUGGAGUCUGGAGAAUAUUUUCUCACCAAGGAACAGAAGAGAGCCAGAAAACAGAAAGAAAAAGAUGAAAAACAUGCAGAAGCUGCAAAGAGACGGGAAGAAAAGAGAAAAGAAGCGUUUGUUCCCCCAGAAGAACCCCAGGUGUCUAAAAAGAAUCCCAGUUUUAGUAAUAAAGUGGAUAUAGCAGCUCUCAAAGAAAAAAUUUUAAAAGCCAGGAAGAAAAAAUAA